GUGAGAUAAGAAUGGGCUGGAAAUAUAUACUUAUUCAACUCAACGCCCUUUUGGUCUCUCUAGGGUUUCUUUCCGUAUUCUCUUCAGACAUCCAGAUCCGGCCAAAUCCAAACCAGCCUCCUAAACCCCUCCUCCUCACACAAAUCCAUUCUCUCAGAAUUAGGGUUUCCAAAUCUACACACACACAGCUUUAGAGAGAGAGAGAGAGAGAGAGAGAGAGAGAGGAGACCAGAUCACAGUCGAAAAUGGAGGAGCAGCCCCCAGUCCCAACAUGCGAUGGCGGCGGCGGCGGCGGAGCCUCUCUAAUAAGAGAUUUAGCCUCAUGCAACAAAACCACCAGGGACAGGGCCCUCAGGAUGGUCCUCAAAACCUGGCUCCCGUCCAACGGCGACCAACUCUCCGAUGACGAGAUGAAGAAGCUCUGGAAAGGCCUCUUCUACUGCCUCUGGCACGCCGACAAAGCCCCGGUCCAGUCGAACCUCAUCGACCGCCUCUCCGCCCUCCUCCUGACCCUCCCCUCCUCCCUCUCCCUCCGCUACCUCUCCGUCUUCUUCCUCACCCUCCGCCGCGAGUGGCCCGGCAUCGACUCCCUCAGGUUAGACAAGUUCUACCUCCUCAUUCGCCGAUUCCUGCAUUUUUCUUUCCUCAUGCUUAAGAAUAACCACGCCUGGGACCUGGACGCCUCUCGCCGCGUAAUGGACCUAAUUGAAGAGAGAGCGUUAUUAGCUGAUGAUAAUAAAGUAGUUACUGGGAAUGGGGUUAGUUACCACGUUGCUUCGAUUUUUCUCGACGAACUUAAGCCAUUCCUUCCGCUUGGGGCCGAAGUGGUUGAUGUGGCGUUUAAGCCAUUUUUGAGUGUAAUGAGCAAGUGCCCUGAUAAAGUGUUGAUAGGUAAGGUUAAGUCUAGUAUAUUUGAUGUGUUGUUGACAAUGGGGAGGAAUCUGCUAGAGAUUAAGAAAUUGGGGGAUAAGAACGACUCUGGUGAUAACAAUGAAGUUGUAGUUUUGGGGACUGUAGGAUUGACGAUGGGGUUUUCUGCGAAGUUAUAUGAUUUGGGUACGGUGUCUGAUUGUGUUCAGGGGAAUCGGAAGGUUUUUUUCAGUUUGCACGAGGAUUUCUUGAGGUUGGAGAAGGAUUUGGCGUCAUCUGGAAUUGAAGUUUCAAUUCCUGAUGCUAUGGUUGAUGAUGAGGAUGAGGUGCCUAAAUUGAUCCCUAUUGCUACAGAGGUGGAAGGAAGUACUUCUGAGGUGGUUUUGGAGUCGGGCAUUAAGAAGAGGAAGAAGAACAGGAAGACCAAUACAGCAUCUGAUGUUCAGUUGGAUGGAGCAAAUAAGAAGACAUCGAAGAAGAAGGAAAAGAAUCAAAGGGUUCUUGAACAGUGCUCUACAUUAGCGGAGAAAGAGAAUGCAACUGUUGCCAAUGGGAUCGAGAGUUCCGGUAAUGAGUCUAAUUUGAUUUUUAAUGAGUCUGUCAUUGCAAAUCUUCGAAUGCAGUUUGAGAAGGUUGCUGAAGAAGUUGCCUUGGGUAUUGAUGGUGCGGCUUCAUUUGAUUUGCCUGAGGCUACUAUUGGAAUUACAGAGUCGAAGAAGAGAAAGAGAGGGAGGAGUAUGGCUGCUAAGGACCACCACAAUCAGGAUGUAAGUGGUGAUAAAGAUGGAUUUGAACAUGCUAGUGCUGCAGCGAAGAGUUCUGAAAAGAGUUCGAAGAAGGUGAGGUUUGCAAUGAAGAAUAAUUUGGUGUGGAAGCCACAGACUCCCUUGCCACCCCAGGAUCUGAGGUUGCCACCCUCUGCUACUCCUAGAGGCAGUGCACUAAAAAAAGGAGUACCUCCGGGUCCCAUAAGGGAGAUUUCUCCUGCAACAAAAAAGGUGAAGCCAAAGAAGGGCAGGAAGGGAGUAAAAACAGUCUCCCCGGCCAUCAAACGACUCAGGAAGCUAAGAACUCUUUCGGUUUAAUACAUUCAAUCAUUUCAACAUUUGUGUUUCAUAUUUGCCGUGGGUGGGGAUUUUAAUUUCCAGUACUCAGUACUCAUUCUUCUCUAAGCCAGCUUGUUCGGAUUGUAGUUGUUAACCUCAUUGCUUUGAAAAACCUUGAAGAAAGAAUUCUUUGAGUGCUUAGUUCUUUUAUCAAUGGUUUUGUUUGUUUUCCUUAUGAAAUCUAUUUGUGCU